GCUGUCGGGGGGCCGGCCGGGGCGCGGGAGGCGGCGAGUGGCGGCGCGGCCCCGCUGGACGGCGCGUCCCGUCGCGGCGCAGGUGAGCGCGGGACCGGGCACCGGGGGGAGAGCCGGGGGUUCCGGGGCCCACGGGGCUGGAGCCGCGACGCAUCCUCGUGGGCGGCUUUGUUGUGAGCGGCGGCGGCGGCGGGGGACAAUGGGGCGGGCGGGGACGCGGCACCGGAGCGCGGCGCCGGGUCUUCGCGCGAGCGUCCCGGGCCCCCGUCGCUCCGUGCUCGGUUACGAGGCUCGCGGCACGGGGCAGCGGGCGGAGGGAAGGGCUGCAGGCAGCGGCCCCGCCGCCACUUGUUGCCGGCGCUCGGCCACGGGAGGGCUGCGGGGCUCGGCGAGGGGCGCGCCCCGGGCUCCCUCCUCUCCUCUCCCCGCCCCGCCGGUCCCGCCCGGCCCCGCCGGCUCUUGCCGCAACUUCGCGAGUUACCGACGGUGCGCGCCGCGGGGCCCGGCCCGGGGCUGUCACGGAGGGGGCGGUUGCUGAGCUCCUCCCGCGAUGCCGGGACGGCACGGCAGACCACGGCAAAGCCACGGGGCCCCGCGUUCCCGACGGCGAAGCGACAAGUGAUGCCUUCGGGGCUGGGAGGGUCCGGGGAUGCUGCGGUCGCCAUCCCUGCGGGCACUGGGGCAGCCGGGAGGGCUUCCGGGAGCCCGCGAUGGCACCGGCCGUGCUCGGCAUAAACACCUUUGUUUUCGUCUCCGUCGGCCGGCGAUGUGUCAGUCCGUCUUCUUUCUCUCUUUCCGCAGGAGAGCGGCUCCCGGUGGUGCCUGAAGCGUGAAGUCCUCCCUCGAGCUGCGCACGGAGGGCAGCGGGCGGCCCGGAGCCGGGGUGCGCUCAGCUGCGGGGCAGCGGCCGGGGGGAGUGGGGGAAGCACCUCCACCUCCUCCUUCUCCUCGUUCUCCUGCCGCCGGGCCCGGGGAGCUCCCGGGGAGAGAGGCUACGGGGGCGUCCCUACGGCCAGCGGGGAUGCAGUAGCCGCUCCGUACCGACGGAACCCGGUGGCCACCACCUGCCCUGCCCGCCGGCACCGGGCACCGCGAUGAGCAUGGUAACGAGCCUCGAGCGGCUGGAGCAGCGGCUGGCCGUGAUGGUGGCUGCCCAGGAGACUUCCCAGGCCUGGUCUUCGCUGGGAGAGGAGGGGCCGGCAGCCAUGAAAAAGGAGAAGAGCCACGGCCGGGAUGAGGCGGACUGCAGGGCAGAGCUGAUCCUCUUCGACGGGGACUGCACCGAUCCCACUAAGGACACUGCUGCCCUGCUGCUGGAGGCCAGUGGGAAGCCCGGCGCCCCGGAUGCUGGGAGCCUGGGGCUGGCACCCCUGAAAAACAAGAGGGUGAGCAAGGACCUGUCCAAGGAGGAGCUGUCCUGGCCGCUCACACUGAUGGAGCCACAGGAGGUGCGGCCCCGGGGCAGUGCUGGCUGGGAGAGCAGCCUCCGACAGAAGCCCCCCGUCCGCCUCAUCUUCCAGGCAGGGCAGACCCACCACGAGAUGCAGAUCAAGGAAAGCAGCAGCGUGGAGGCUCUCAGGGAACUGCCGGCUCCGCUGCGGAGCUCCCGGAGGAGGACGGCCGUGCCUGUGCUCACCACCAUCGACCUGACAGAGGAGGACUCCCGGGACUCGUCGCAGAGCAGCAGCACGCUGUCGGGGAGCAGCUCCCAGGAGGGCCAGAACGGCUCCACUGAGCUGGUGGCUGAGGAGCCGGAGAGCCGGGAUGCGGGGAUUGCUCUGGAGUACCAGGAUGGGAAGGAAUUUGGAAUCGGGGAGCUCGUCUGGGGGAAGAUCAAGGGUUUCUCCUGGUGGCCAGCGAUCGUUGUUUCCUACAGAGCCACGUCCAAGCGCCAGGCGGUGUCGGGCAUGCGCUGGGUGCAGUGGUUUGGGGACGGGAAGUUCUCUGAGGUUUCUGCAGACAAGCUUGUGGGACUGAUGGCCUUCAGGCAGCAUUUCAAUACUGCCACGUUCAAUAAGCUGGUCUCCUACCGCCGAGCCAUAUACCAUGCCCUGGAGGUUGCCCGGAGCCGCUCGGGGAAGACAUUCACAUCUGCCCCUGGGGAGUCCCUGGAGGAGCAGCUGAAGCCCAUGAUUGAUUGGGCGCUCACUGGCUUCAAACCACUGGGCGUCAAAGGGCUGCAGCCACCCAAAAGCUCAGAGAACGGGGCCCUGAGGAACGGCACAGAGGAGGUGCUGUGCCUUGAACAUUGUCCCCCCACCAAGAGGCUGAAGAGCAACCCCUGCAACAGCAGCAAGGAGCAGCGCAUGGAGGAGGACCAGACCCGAGAACAAAUGGUUUCCGAAGUUACGAACAACAGCGGGAGUCUGGAAGACAGCUGCUUGUCGUGCGGGAGGAGGAACCCAGCCACCUUCCACCCGCUGUUCGAGGGGGGCCUGUGCCACACCUGCAGGGAUAGAUUCCUGGAGCUCUUCUACAUGUACGACGAAGAUGGCUACCAGUCCUACUGCACCGUGUGCUGCGAGGGCAAGGAGCUGCUGCUCUGCAGCAAUGCCAGCUGCUGCAGGUGCUUCUGUGUGGAAUGCCUGGAGGUCCUGGUGGGACGGGGCUCGUCAGCCAAAGCAAAAGAGCAGGAGCCCUGGAACUGCUACAUGUGCCAACCCCAGAGGAGCUAUGGGGUGCUGCAGCGCCGGCAGGACUGGAGCUCACGUCUGCAGGACUUCUUCACCAGUGACAAGGGGCAGGAAUACGAUGCACCCAAAAUCUACCCAGCGGUGCCACCAGCCAAGAGGAGACCCAUCAGAGUGCUCUCUCUGUUCGAUGGCAUAGCAACAGGGUACCUGGUGCUGAAGGACCUGGGCAUCCAAGUGGAGAAGUACAUCGCCUCCGAGAUCUGUGAGGACCCCCUGGCAGUGGGCACCGUGAGGCACGAGGGCAACAUCACUUACGUGCACGACGUCAGGAACAUCACCAAGAGAAAUAUCGAGGAGUGGGGUCCCUUUGACCUGGUGAUCGGCGGCAGCCCCUGUAAUGACCUCUCGCUCGCCAGCCCGCCCAGGAAGGCUCCGUACGGCCCACCAGAGCCCGUCCCCACACCUCAGCCAAACCUGCGGGGCCGCGGGCGGUCCCCUCCUAACACCCCUGCUGGGUCCCCCCGCACGGAGGGCACCGGGCGGCUCUUCUUCGAGUUCUACCAUCUGCUCAACUACGCCCGUCCCAAAGCUGGAGAGGAACGGCCCUUCUUCUGGAUGUUUGAGAACGUGGUGGCCAUGAGGGUCAACGACAAGAGGGACAUUUCUCGGUUCCUGGAGUGUAACCCCGUUAUGAUCGACGCUAUCAAGAUCUCAGCUGCACACAGAGCUCGCUACUUCUGGGGCAACCUCCCAGGGAUGAACAGGAUCUUUGGCUUCCCCCUGCACUGCACCGACGUCUCCAACAUCAGCCGCGGGGCUCGCCAGAAGCUGCUCGGGAGGUCCUGGAGCAUCCCUGUCAUCCAGCACCUCUUCUCCCCUCUCAAGGAUUACUUUGCCUGCGAGUAGCCCACGCUGCAUCCCUCGUCUCUCCGUCCCAACGCAGCUCUGCUGCCCGGGGAGGGCUCAGCCCUGUGCCCACCAUUCCCAGCACUGUGCCCCCGCUGCCGCAGGGCUCGGGAAGCGCCUUCAACCAAAGAACCUGGCCGGGUGCCUUCCUGACAGGGACUACAGCCAGCGCUGCCUGGGAAAUGAUGGACAAAACGAGCUUUAAUCACCCAGCACAAAGCUGCGUGCAUCACUGAUGAGGCGAGAAGUCUCCUCCAGAGCAUUAAACAUUCCACUUGAGCCCAGAGCUGGGAAGCAGUGAGUGGUGGAGGCAGCUGCUGGCGUGCUGCAAAUGUGGACUGCAGAGCUGCUCACCUCCUAAACAAGCAUAAACCUCUCUUGAAACGACUGCCAAAAACCCUCAAGCUGCAGCAGCAGGUGUGAGGGCCCCAGGUCAGGUUAUGUACACUGAACGUGCAGAACACACAAACCAAAUCUUUUUUUUUGUUUUUGAUUUUUAAGACCUUUUUGUAAAACUUUUACAUUUUGUUGUUUAACGUCUAUUGCUGCUUUAAGGCAUUACAUACGAAUGUGGAGACUCCUAGACCUGAAUGUAGCUGAGACUGAACUGUGAGCUGAUAGAAUUACUUUUCUAGUUAGGGAGAUACUGUUUUAUGUGUUCAGCUGUAGUUUACGGAUAUUCACUACGUCCUUUUCCAGGCAUUUCCCUUUUUUCUCCUGACGUUUCAAAAUGCUGCUGAGGGGGUUGGAUGGUUACACUGGGGCAGGGAAAUGGGGCUGUUCUGAGAAUGAGUGCAUGGGGUGGGCAGGGUGGGCGCUGUUGUCCCCCCCCUCCCCCCCCGUGCUCUCACCCAGCAGCAGCCCAGGACUGUGGGUGCCACCGGGCUGCCCACCCCUCUGCCACCCCAUUCUAUGAGUUUUGUUCCUUGGAGCCACGUGGGCUCCCCUCAGUCGCAUCCUCUGUUUCAUGUGCUGGAUCUCACCUCCCUUCAGUCUGAUCAAAAGGAAAAGAGAGAAAGAAAGGACUCGGGGAAAGCAAACAAAGAUAAAAGGGGAACAAGAACGGUCCUCGCGUUAAGCUGACUUGAUGAGAAUCGCAGUAGACAAGUCUUCCUUGGAACGCUGCCUUUCAUGGUGUGCUCAUCAACACAUUGCAAGGAGAGGUACAGCUCAGAAAUGCCUUUUUUUAAUGCUUUGUAAAGGUUUCUAACUCUCCCUGGUGCUAUUUUUUUAGUUAAAGGAUUUUUGAUGUCCAAAGUUUUGUGGGUUUUUAUACAAUCUUUUAAAAUAAGAGAAAAAAAAAAAAGCCAAACAAA